UUUAAUAUUUAACCACGUGCAUUACACGUGCAUAGAAAAUAGUAUUAAAAAAAGCAGAGAGAGGGCGGGGCGUAUUCAAAAUAUAUCAUACACAUCACGUCACGUGCCUGUUUACACUAACCUCUAUACAUUAGAAAAAUUAAUACGAAAACCCCCCAAACAAUUAAUGAUAGGAUAAUUUUUUGAAAACACCCGAUUUUCAAAUUUAUAUAAUAAAAUCGACUCUUUUUGAAAAAAAUCAGUAAAAUCGAUCCUUUUCAGAUGAAAAUGAUCGGUUUUGCUGCAGAAGAGUUUUUCGAACUGCAUGGGACUAGCACGGGAGUCCCGUGCAUUUCGUUUUUUGAACUGCACGGGACUAGCAGUCCCGUGCAUUUUGUUUUCUUUUUGAAUUGCACUAAGCAGAUAGUUUUGAAAUGCACAGGACUGCUAGUCCCAUACAGUUCAAAAAGAAAACGAAAUGCAUGAGACUGCUAGUUCCGUGCAGUUUGAAAAACACUUCCUCAGUAAAAUAGACCUUGCUUUUUUUUCAGAAAGGGUCGAUUUUGCUAUAUCAAUUUAAAAAAUCGGGUGUUUUCAAAAUUUUAUCCUUAAUGAUAAUUUAAUGGAAUUUUCUUUUUAUUUUUCUGUAUACACAGUUAUUCCCCUCUUUAUUUUCCUGCAAUAUUCGAGAUAUAAUCUCCCUUCUGGAUUUUUCUACUGUUGUCACGAGUGACCGCACUUCACAAUGAGCCCCCUCAUUAUAUCUUCUCCAUUUUCACCAUUUCCCUCGCAAAAUCUCACCAUAUAACCUCAAAAAAAAAAAAAGGAACAAUGGCGAAUAAUAUCGGAGUUGGAGAGCUGAAACCCAACAAGAAAGUGAUACUAAAGAAUUACGUAAAUGGGUUUCCGAAAGAGAGCGAUAUGGAGAUCGUGAGGACCGAAACUGUUCGAUUGAAAGUAGCAGAGGGAUCAAAAGCUGUUUUAUUAAAGAAUUUGUACUUGUCUUGUGACCCUUAUAUGAGGAAUCGCAUGUCCAAGCACGAGGAGGCCAAUUAUGUCCCUGAUUUCGUCCCUGGAUCGCCUAUAAGUGGUUUUGGCGUCGCCAAAGUAUUGGAUUCUGGGCAUCCAGAUUUCAAGGUUGGUGACUAUGUGUGGGGGAUAACUGGAUGGGAAGAGUACAGCCUCGUAACAUCACCGGAAACCCUGUUCAAAAUUAAAGAUACCGACAUACCCCUUUCUUACUACACUGGACUCUUGGGCAUGCCAGGAGUAACAGCUUAUGCUGGAUUUUACAAGGUUUGCUCUCCGAAGAAAGGGGAAACUGUUUUUGUAUCAGCAGCUUCAGGCGCAGUUGGCCAGCUCGUCGGACAGUUUGCUAAACUGAUGGGCUGUUAUGUGGUUGGAAGUGCUGGAUCUGAUGAAAAGGUUAAUCUUUUGAAGAAAAAAUUUGGAUUUGAUGAGGCAUUCAAUUAUAAGAAGGAAAAGGACCUUAAUGCAGCGUUGAAAAGGUGCUUUCCUGAAGGAAUCGACAUCUAUUUCGAGAAUGUAGGCGGAGAAAUGCUCGAUGCUGUUCUUCUCAACAUGAGGAACCAUGGCAGAAUCGCAGCAUGUGGGAUGAUAUCUCAAUACAACCUUGAUAAACCUGAGGGUGUACACAACUUGAUGUUUGUUGUCACGAAGCGAUUGAGGAUUGAAGGGUUCAAUGCGUAUGAUUAUUUCCCUAUUUAUGAUCAGUUUUUCCAGAAGACUGUGCCGUAUAUAAAAGAAGGAAAGAUCACUUAUGUGGAGGAUGUUGUGGAGGGGCUUGAGAAUGCACCUGCGGCAUUGAUUGGUCUGCUCUCGGGGAGAAAUGUCGGGAAACAGGUGGUGGUUGUUGCUCGUGAGUAGGAGAGGGUUAUACGUAUGAAGUUUGGUGUGAAUGAAAGUAUUUUGAUAAAACUUGAGGUAUAGAUGGUAUUGAACCAAAAAUGUCUUGAGUGUCGUCGCUGUGUGUGUAUGUUUUUCAAACUUGGUGGUGCUUUCUUUUUAUGCAAUAAACGUGUCUUAUUGACAUCGUAUACAUCUAUUUUGUUUGUUAUGCUCUGAGUAUGUCGAUCA